UUUGCAUGGGAUGGGGAUUGAGGGGCUCAGGAAUGUUGGGGUGAGUGGGAACAGAAUUAUGUGUAUGAGACUGUGUGUGUGUGAGACAAUGAAAGCCAUCCCACUCAGUUCUAAAAGCCCCCAUUCACGGUGGACCUGAGUCAUCUGGUUCUCUGCAGUGUAAAAAAACUGAAAGUAAUUUUAUCACCAAAAAUUUCAGCUUUUAGCUUGAAACAACAGAAAAUAUCUUUAUGAAACAAGGCAAGAGCUGAGGUAGAUCUAUCUAACUCAUGAUACUGUCACUUUGUAUCCUCAAAAUAAUGCUGAAACAAGCUGAUUAGAGGCUGAAGAAGGCAGUUUGGCUCCAAAUUAACACAGAUCAAUCAAUAAAUUUGCACUUUAGGCAAAGAAUAAGUUGGGAAGAGUCAAGUCAAAACCUGGGCCAAUUCAGGGACACAAUAUGAUAAAGCAUUAAGUCAUCAGUACAAUAGAUCAAAGCAAGCUAAGAGCCAGGAAGAAAAAGAAAAUGGUCUUUUUUCCCCCAUAGUAUGUUACACUGUUGCUAUAAGACUGUCAGUCAGCCUGUCAUCCGGCGCAGGUUGCACUUGCUCCCUCGGCAGUCAGAAAGAGUCCAGCUCCCCAGUGCCCCAGCUCAGAAAACUAGGAAACCAGCUCAGCUUGCAUGACCCAAUUAGAAACAUCCCCUGGACGGUGGAGAGACAUCAGUCUCUGUCCUAUCCAUCAAACAGUCCCAUAUGCCCUGAACAGCUCCAAAUAGUGCAGGUGUGAAUAACACAUGUAAUAUGUUAUUGAGAUUGCUCAUGCUCAACAGAAUUAUGUUUUACACAUACACUAGAAAGCUGCCCAUUAAUAACCCAAUCUACAACUGCUCCUAAAUAAGCUCAAGCAGAUGUGGGAUAAAAACAGUACACUAUUUACUUAAGGAUAUUUGCUGGAGGGACUGGAGAAAAAGUGUUUCCCGGCUGGUCUAAGAACUUGAAUCUGCAAUCUUUCAGUCAAAACCCCACAAAGUAAAUCAAUAAAUCUGAGUUUAACGGGAGGCAUGCAAAGUGACCCACAUUGCCUGCAAAUAAGGGCAAUCAAUAGAGUGAUGGCAGAUAACAUGACAGAGGAGGUACGGCCUGUAAUUAUGGGGAAAGAUUAGAGGGUUGUGACUGAACAGUUUGAGACCGUGAAUGGGUCGAGAAAAUCUGUUUGGAGGAAGUGAAUGAAAUAUUUUGCAGACUUUUGAACAAUUACCGAGCGGCGGUGGUGGUGAUGGUGACUGUACAGAACAGAUCUCAGGGUGCAGAGAGUCUGACCUCAUGCUUGCCGACACCCAAUCUACUGUUGGACACACCCACAGCCGGCUGUUUUCAUUAUGCUGCUUGCCUUCUUGACAGUCCCAUCUGUGUUUGACAGAAGGCACUCUUAACCUGGACGGGCAACACGGCAGUUUGCUUUUGAAAUGUGGCUCAUGGUCGCUUCCGUCCUGCCACUUCCUGCCAUCAUCAUGGUAUCCACUCGUUAUCGUGUCAAAGUUGCCGCGCUGUGCCAUCGAGCUCUGGCCUGGGCACUGAGGCUGGUGCGAGGGAGAGUGUGUGUAAGGAGCACCCAUGCCUUUGUGUUCUCCAAAUGCACCCAUGGCAAAGUUGACAGUGUCCUGGAGACCUUUGACCUUUACGCUGACUCACAUCCCUCCCUCUGCAUCAGCCCACAGACUGGUGAGGCACUGGAUGAAGUGGUGAGGCACGUCCGUCCCUCCUGGGUGUUGGAGCUGGGGAUGCACUGUGGCUACAGUUCUGUCCGCCUGCUGCGUCUGCUGCCCCCUGCUGGCAGACUGAUCACAGUGGAGCUGGACCCACUCACAGCCGAGCUAGGGGAGGAAAUCAUACUUGUAGCUGGCUUCAAACACUCCCAGUUCCAGGUGUUGACAUCUAGCUCAGCUGAGGCCAUCCCAACAUUGCAUCCUUUUCUUGAGGCUGAUCAAGGGACCAGUGAGGGGCUCAAUCUGGUGCUGAUGGACCAUGACCCCCAGCAGUACCUUCCAGACCUGCUGGCUCUGGAGAGAGAGGAGCUCCUCAGCCCCUCCGGCUGCUCUGUUCUUCUGAUCUACAGGAACCAAAGAGCUGAAGAUUUCAGAGAAAUCCUGGAUCACAUCAGAACGAGGUCUGACUGCUACCACAUCAAGUCAGAGCUUCAGUUUAUGACGGAGAUCUUCUACCAAAAGGAAAGCGUGAGGGUAGAUGGCAAAAUCUAAAGAUGUGGGUUUGUGCUUUCAGUUUGUUUGGACUAUAUCAACCAAUAGUGUUAAAUACUUCAUCCUCUCUAGUAUUACUUGUUGAUCAAAGAAUUGGAGGAUAAAAAAAUAUGUGCUGAAUAAAUGGUUUUCUACAGUUUGUCAAACUGUUAUUGAAAAACUACUUUGUUUCCUUGGAUGACUUUAGGAAGAAACAAAAUAAAAUAGUUUUUAUCUUUGUCUGCCAGAAAGUUUGAUUCAAAGUUAUUAUUAUUAAGAUAAGAUAAGCCUUUAUUGAUCCUCAUAGGGAAAAUUCAGGUGUUGCAGCAGCACAAGAACAGAAACAAGUACAGAUAAAUAGAGAAAAUUAUUAAAUAACACCAUAAAUGUACACCAGAAUAGGAUAUAAUAUGAUUAUUAGUAAUGAAACAAGUGAUAUGUAUUACAAUAUUGGUAUGUAAAACAGUAUUCAUGCUAUAAAUUACUCUCAAUAAUUUUAAAUAUCAGAUGAUAUUGCUGGAAAUAAUUUACAGCAGAAAAGGAAAGUAUGAUAGUUUCUGCAGCCUUAUCCCCAAACAAUUACACACAAUAAUUACAAUAACACACAGGUAGAAGAGGUGCAAAAUACUACUUAAUUUUGUUUGUAAUAUUAGCAAAGUCACAAAGCUGCUUACAUAAUCACCUCUAAGGAAAAAAUGACUAGAUGUAGAACACAGAGUAACCACUUGGUGGCGUUCUCUGCUUUUUAAAAGAAUAGAAACUCAGGCAUUGACCUGGGUUUUACAUGUUAUUUUAUGUUUCCUGAUUUAUUCAUGACGAGGUGGAUGGAUGAUCCACGGCAGUCUUGUUUUGACCAGUCGUCACCCCCCUUUUUUUUUUUCAUUUCUUGCCCUAACUGGUCAUAAUGUCUAAGAUUUAGUGUCCCAGCAAGCUCUGCAUCUUAAAUGAGGAUAAUCAGUGUUGUCUGAAUUGUUUCAGAAUUUGCCAAUAAUGGCACUGCUGAGGCUUUCAAAGCAGCUGGAAAGCUAUUAUAUGGUUUACAGACAAUUUACAGCAGAUUUUAAAUAAAUAAUAAUUGUGCAAAAACACGAUUUAAUUAAAUGCAAUAUUUCCGGGGUUCACAAUUGUGCAACAGCGAGAUGAAUGUUGUAAUAACUAAUUUUAUACAAACUUAGCGAGCUUACUGCAGUUAAAGAGAGACAGAUAGAAAAAGAGAGUCAGGGGAAGUGGUGUAAACUGUCAACUACUAUAAAUUAGUCACAGAGGUUAGGUAAUACAUGGUCAGGGAUGAGAACUUUGUAAAUCCAUCCAGUUUAACUGUUCACUGUGAAUGUCUCCACAGAGCAGAACAGGUUAAAGAGCUGGCAAAAUUUGAAGAGCUGCAUGAAUACUUUAUAAUCUCAUGCAUGGAUCAUUAUUUGCACUGCAGGGGAAGUGGAUCUUGCAUUUGCUGAACACAGGAAAUAACAUAGGAAAGUAGACUACAGGCAUGUGGGUUAUUGUCUGCUCCCCAACUGAUAAUACUACGUCUGUUACUGAGAACUGCAGAAGCAUAAACAACCAACUGAUUAGUAUACAAAGUUAGUCUCAUAAUCAUCAAAAUAUAACAACUUUAAUUCCAAAUUAAGACGUGUACCAUUUGGAAAAAGGUGACGCCCACUCUGAGGAAGUGAUUGCCUGCAUGAAAGUCAAAGUACUGAAUAUUAUUAUUGCUAAUUAGCAAUCUGGAGCAUUUCACUUAGAAAAUAGCAACAGUCAGGGUGGGUGUAAUCAUCUGUGAGGAUGUUUUUCAUUCCAUUAAAAGGACUUUGCAAUUUGUGUUUUGGAAUGAAAGAACUUGUGUCUUGAUGACAACAACGAUUCAAGUCUUUGGAUUCUGUUUUCUAGCAGAGUUUGUUGUCUUUGUAAAUAUUUACUGCAAGUUUCUGAACCAGCAAAUGUAAACCAGUUUUUGACAUAUGAACUGAUAUUCCCAUUUAAUAAAGAAAAGCCAACAUGGUAUAAAUAACACAGUAAUUUGACUCAACUGUCCUUAUUGUACCCCAAAUCAGAUUUGCACAAGUGAAAAGAAAAGCAGGAAUAUUUUUUGGUUGCAGGAUUUACACUCAUCCCCAGCCCAUGUAUUCCCUACUAGUUACGUUAGUAGACUUAAUGCAAAUCUACAAAUGUAUUUUGUAUUUCUGUGAACCUGUCAUGCUGUUUUUCAUGUUGAUGUUUACAUAUUUGGAAGUAUUUGGCUCCAACAGACUGUACUAAGAGAUAAUGACUCUUUGAUACUAGCAGGCAUUUUAGAAACACACUGGCAAAAUUACAAUCAUUUUAGCUGUACACAGCAUGUCCCCAAAUGGCCAAUGUGUGAAAUAUAAUUACACAAAGUAGACCAACUGUAAUGAUUGCUCAUUAGCUUCCACCAUCAUCUCAGCCCAGAUAGUCUCCCACAACACAAUUGUUAGAGCCAAGACGUGGUCAAUUUCUCAGCUGUCAGAUGUGAUUUAACAUUUCCUUGUCCUCCUUUCAGAGUACCACUAGUCUACACAAUGAUGUACAACGAAAUGUAAACAUCAUGCUCUAUGACCACCCCAACCUUCGCCCCUUCCUCCAAGUUUCCUAAAAAUUCCUAUUUUAAUGGGUUCAAUUUCUGGGUUUCCUCCUUCAUCAGACUAUGAACAUGCUCUCUGUGCUAUGGAGGCUGGAGAACUGAUGUAAACACAGCUUUCAAUUAUAAAUCAAACUCUAAAAGAGCCACAGUCUACUGCCCUUGGGCUCUCUGCACAAAGGCCCAGCCUUCAAACACCCCACAUUGCACUGCUGAGAACUUACGGACAGCUAUUCACCAGUAUACAUUCACAACUUAAACAGAAACCUUUUCAGUGGCCGUGAGUGUCAAAGAUAUGCAGAGAAUGUUCUGCUCAUCUUAUAUGAUAUUAUAUGUUGGCUGCUAUACCAUCUAUGAUUAUAUAAUACACUUUAAGCAGA